AUGAAGAAAAAUGAAAUUGAAUUUCAAGAUAGUUCUAUAUCCAUAAAGAGACAACCUCUUUUAGAUAGGAAGAAAAGUUAGGAUAAAGAUUAAGGACUUAGAAAAUCAUCGUUUUAUGAAGGUGGUUUAAGUUAAUUGAAAAAAUCCAUAGUUGAGAUUAAUUAGCAUUAAUAAAUUGAUAAACAUGUAUUUAAUACUAUAUAUUGUAGCCAUCUCUUUAAGAUUUAUAUGAUUCUUUGACACUUAUGAGUCUAUAAUAGAAAUACAAUUAGCUUUUAAAAUCUGUUCAAGAAUAAGAAGUUUAAGAAAUUAUGGCUAUUUUAGAUCAUUUUAUUACAAUUACUCCUAAACCAAAACUGAGAGAAAUUUAUGAUUAAAAAUAAUAGACUAUUCUUCAUAUUUCUUGCUUUAAAAACUUACCAACUGCUGUUGAAAGAAUUUUAAUAUAUGAAAAAGAUAAUUCUACAAUUGAGGAAUUCAAUAUAUGGAUAAAUUAAAAAAAUAAAGAUUCAUUCACAGCAGUUCAUUUUGCUGCAUAUGUUGGUUCAUUAGAAACAUUAGAAAUUCUAAAAAAAUAUUAAUGUGAUUUAAAAAUAAAAAAUGAAUAGGGAUAAAAUGCACUUUCUAUUGCAGCUUAAGGAGAUUAAGUUUCUGCUAUGGUUUGGCUAUAUAUGUAAGGGUUGUCUUAUACAGAAUAAGAUGAGAAAGGUGGUACACCAUUACAUUGGGCUACUUAUUAUGGUAGUGAAUUUGCUGUAUAAUUUUUAUUAAGUUGGUUACAAAAAAGUAAAGAAGGGAGAAAAAUUAUAAAUCAAUAAGAUACUGAAGGGAUGACACCUUUACAUUUAGCUGCAAUGACAGGAAAUUAAAGAAUAGCUAAGAAAUUACUUUAUAAGGGAAGUUUAAAAAAUAUUAGAGAUAAAAGAAAUUAAACUCCAGCCUAAACAGCAUUAGAGAAUGAAUACGAAAUAAUCUAUAAAAUUUUAGAAACAAAUAAUUGUCUAUUAGAAUUUUUAAAUAUUCGAACAAGGUAAAUGCUAAGUUCACUCUUAAUAGUUAUAAACCAGCGUCAAUUAGUUGGAAUUAGAUUUGUUCAUUUUUUAUAAUAUAUUUCUAUUGCAUGAUUGGUUCCAUAAUUUUUGUAUAUCCAUUUUUUAAUACUGAUGCUUGGUUAUAAUAUUUAUCAAUAGCUUCAUUUUUGAUAGGACUCAUUUUUUAUUUUUUAACUAUGUUUAUAAGUCCAGGAUAUGUUGAAAGAAAUGAUGAUUCAAGAAAACUAUUUUUACUUUUGACUUAAUAUGAACCUUGGGAAUUAUGUCCAGAAUGUUAAAUACAUAAACCAUUAAGAUCUAGACAUUGUGAAUUUUGUUCAAGAUGUGUAAUAGUUUAUGAUCAUCAUUGUCCUUGGUUACAUAAUUGUGUAAAUAUUUAUAUAUUUAAUUAAGAUAGGAGCUAAAAAUUAUCCAUAUUUUAUUUGUUUUAUUUUGACAAUAUUUGUAAAUUUAAUUCAUCUAAUUAUAUUGAAUGCAAUAUUUUUGAUAAAUGAUUAUCCUAAUCCUAUACAUAAUACUCAUUAUCCAUGGUUUAAUAAUGUAACUAAUUUAGAGGCACUUGAUAUUUCUAAGAAAUGUGUUCAAUCAUCUAUUUUAAUUUUAUGUUUACUCUUUUUAUUUCCUUUAGCAUAUUUGAUAUAUGUUUAAUUGGAUAAUUUAUUUAGAAAUAUUACUACUUUUGAAAAAUAUCGAUAAGAAGAAUAAACUAAUGUUAAAGGUUCAAAAGAUAAGAAAAGUCAAUAAACUAUAUAGUAAAUAUAUUUAUUAUUCUAGAUCUACCUCAUCUAUUAGAUCAUAAGAAUCACACAAUCUAUCAUUUUCAAAUUGUAUACAAAUGUGUUGCAAUAAUUCAAAAAAUACUUCAUAUCAAAUAUGA